AUGUAUAUCGUACAUUGUGGAGCAGGAAGUCAAAAGAUCAAAUGGCUAGCUGAUGUAGCUAUUCAUAGAUAUGACCCUUAUUUCGCAAUGGACACUGGCUUAGCCCAGGAAGUUAGAUUUGAAAAUGGAGUAUUGUUGAAUAUUGAGGGAAUGAUAUCUGAAGAAUUAACAGAUGAUCUUCAUGUUUAUAUACAUUUAAAGGAGGACAUUGCAAAGCAAGAAGAAGCUAAGGGGAAAAAGAAGAGAAGAUGA